ACGCCAAAGGCAAGCAAUUGAGCGCCAAAGACCACCGUUUCCCUUUAUUCCUUUGCACUCCGCCCGUUCGGGGAUCAGUGCUCACACAAUUUACAUUUCUCCGACAACUCAGCCGACGAGCUUCCGGCAAUCUCAUUCCCGACGACCGCACUCCGCUUGUAUUUGAAGUUUGCUUGGAAUGGAGGUAUCUAGCUUGACUACAUCGAAAUAUGAUGAGGAGAUGGCAUUGAAGGGUUUGCUUGAUGCAUUUGGCGCUGUGUUUUCUCUAAAUGAUAUUGCCUCUGCUUAUUGCAAAGCAGGACGGAAUGCAAAUUUAGCUGGUGAAAUUCUGUAUGAAAUGCAAGGAAGCAGCUCCUCUUCUACUACAUAUUCAUCUGACAGUGAGGUGAGAAAUGAACCCUCGGAGCCAUCCAAUGGUUAUAAAUCUAAGGAUUCUUGUCACACAAAUGAGAAGUUUAUAGGGCCAAAGCAAAAAAAUAGACCGGCAUCAGGAGGCACCAUUUCAAGCAUUCUGGGUAAAGAUUAUGUUAAAUCCAUCCCUUUGGUUAAUAGUUCUUAUUCAGGAGCCAAACCUUUGAAAGUGGACAUGAGGCAGUUUCCACCGUCUGAAGUUUGGAAGGAAGAUGCUAAAUCCCAUCCAUUAAGGGAGAAUCCCAUUCGCAAAGAUAUGGAAGAUUUUCUACUCAAAAUGUUUGGAGUUAAGCUGGACAGGGAUGUGAUUAGAGAAGUUCUAGAGAGUUGUGCAUAUGAUAUGGAAAAGAGUAUGGAGAAGCUACUUGAUCAGUCAUCCCUGAUUUUAGAUAAGGAGAAAAAGGUCCUCAAGGAGUCCAGUACAAAGAUUAUUGAUAUGCAUCCAACUACAGAGGGACCUUCACAACAGAGAAAGAUGCAGCCUGUGAUUUCUUCUGGAGGCAGGGAUGUACUAUUAAAUACAAAUGGUGAAGAGUUAACCAGACAACAGAAGAUAAAUGAUCUCCAGAAGGAUGUUUUGGCUGCCUUUUUUAUGGGUCCUGAGAGAUUUGACGAGUCACCUAGGAGAACAGUCAAAUCAGCAAACAGGUCUAUUGCAUUGGGAGAACCAGUGGUUGAACCACUAGGGGAUCUAAUUUCUGAACAAAAAAAGACAGAUAUGGGGAACUCACAACAAGAUAGCAAAGAUGAUGAGGACAAAGAGGAUAGUUUUCAGGCUCUUCGUAGAGCUGUGAGGGAGUACUGGGGCACAAUGAAGGAAUACCACAAAGCUGCUGCUGAUGCAUUUGCUAAGGGGGAUCAAGUUCGAGCAAACAAACUUAUAGAACAGGGUAAUUUUUUUCGCGAAAAAGCUCGAGAAGCAGAUGAGGAAUCCAAUGAAAAGAUUUUUGAAACUAGGUUAGCAUCCUUUUCUUUGAACAUAUGUUUUAUUUCCUUUUCGAUGAGUGGUCUGGUUUCAUUGCUCACCAGAGACACAGAAACACAAGAGGAAAUGUUGCUGGACUUGCAUGAACAUGAUGCCAAGGAGGCAAUACGCCUUUUGAAGCAUCAUCUAUCUUCUCUAGCAGGCAUCCCAUUAUUCAAGUUCCUAAAGGUCACCAUUGAGACAAAUGAGGAAGAUAGCUCAAAGGGGGCUCGCAGACGAUUGAUUAUGAAAUUAUUAGAGAAGGAAUCGAUUAGUUGGACUGAAGGAAAUCCAGGAUCAAUACUAAUCCACUUGGAUAAAAUCAACCCUAAGAGGUUGAGUUUUGCCAAGAAAUAGUGUUCAUCAUGCAGUCAAGUUGGUUUCUCAAAAUCAAUCUCAAAAGGUUGCGUUUUGUAAUGAAAUCAAGUUGAUUUCUCAAAAGUUAUAAAUAUCUUGCCAAGGAAAAUGUUCACAUUUAAAGGAUACAAUAAUAUUUUAUCUUACAGGUUAAUGUUUCAUAAAAUUCCAUUAAAGUU